UUCUCUAAAAUCAAAUCAUGCUAGGGUCUUCUCUGGCAGAUGAUUUGGGAAGGCCAGAAGGCAACAGCCACUGACCUAGUCAAUACUGACCACCAACUCCGUGUCUUUAAAACCAGGGGUUUUCUCAUGUGUUUUUGUGGGCAGAACUAAGGUGCGGCGCCUCAUACUGUAACCCCCCACCCACAACCGCCGCUACACUCACAAGCUAACCUCACCAUUUGAGCAAGCAUAUGAGCAGCAAAAGCUUGGGCAAGAACUCCAAGAUCAUGAGUGGCCGUGAAAGAAAAGUUAAUAGCAACGCAAAGCAUUUUGUUGAUUUCACGGAGGCAGAGGAAGAUCUUGUUUUCAGAAUGCACAGACUUGUCGGGAACAGGUGGGAACUUAUAGCUGGAAGAAUCCCCGGAAGAACAGCAGAAGAAGUAGAGAUGUUCUGGGCAAAAAAGCACCAGGACCAAUGAAAGGGAAAGCAGGAUGCAUCCAGUAAAACUAGAUUGACAUAUAGGGUGCUUUUUCCUGUCCAUCAAAAACCUGUGUUGAUCUUACUCGUCCUAUCUUCUCACCCAUGCUAAAAGCUGUUAGGAAUAAGCAACUUGUAUUCCCAUGAGGCCAUAGGCCGAUAUAUAUACAUGUACAGGUGAUGGGCUAUAUGCAGGAAAACACCUUAUAUAUUGGGAUAAAUACAAAAGGGUACAUGACUUA